AUGUCGUGCGAGUUGAGAGUCAGAACUUGCAUAGAACUUAACCUAAACUUCGAGUUCUACCAAACCGACUUCCAUUACGAAAAUUUCAAACUUGUUUAUGACCUAGAAGAAGCAUCUCUCGAAUGUGCGAUCGAUGGGGAAUAUUCAUCAAUAUUUGCAAUGCAAGCUUUAGCCUCCGUUCUUGGGCGAGAAAUGUCGGUGUAUCCAGCCAUGAACGGCAUGCUCGACAAAAGCAUUAGUAUAUUGGACGUUGUUCUUCACCCAAGAAUUUCCACUUUCAGAAAUAAUCUAAAGACAGACUAUACCUAAUGUGGACCAGAUGUAGUGGAACCCUUCCGCGACAACGUAACAGAACAUGGUUUCCUAACCACUUCGUCCCUUUACUAACAUGGUUUCCUAACCACUUUGUCCCUUUGGUUCAGCAAGAUAUCCACCUAGCCCACAAGCUCCUCAAUCGAACAUCCAUACACCGCCACAGAAGUUGGGCCGUGAAUGUGACAAAAGUACAUCGGUACCUCUAACAACGCCACUAAUGACAUCAUCACCGUGUUUUGAUAAUAACCCUGAACUGGCCAGAAAACACGACAAUACAAAUGUUACCAAGUCACCAACCGAAACGUCCUCUUUAUCCGACUCGUUAGAUUCCCAAUCAUCCAUCAGAAAAGACGAAAAAAAGAAGCCAAGUUUCAAGCCUCAACCCGUCAACUCACUACUUAUGGAAGAUACACAACAAUCGUAUGUGUCGUUAUCGCAAGACCUCUCAUCAGGAAAGUUGCAGACAGUCCAUCAUGAUAAUAAACAACAAUCAACAAAUAAACUAAACGGAUGUUUCCUAGAUGUUCAGUCGUUAUGUGAACUUCUUCAACACAAAUUAUCGGUAAUGCCGUCGACUCCAAAAGGUGUCAAAGAAGAUGUGUAUUUCGUACUAGAGAACUCAAACAAUAUUUCAAAAAGAAUGCGUGGGGAAAUAAGUAACUUCGAAGAUGAUUGUGGUGUAUGGAAUUCAAAGGUUUCGUCAACGAAAAAGACUGUUUUUCAUCAUGUUGAUGGAAAGUUUAAAGUUAUUGAAAUGAAGAAUGGGAAAUACUGUACGAAAAUACGGAAAGGUUGGGCAACCUCGUACCCAGGACUAGUCGUGAAUUGAAGGCGGCGACAUAGCCCUGGUAAACGCUGGUCACGUGACUCCAAAAUUACGUAAUUGUUACUUUUCUCAACCGGGGGGUGAAUAGGUGAAACUCGAAGACAAACAGUUUUUAUCUCCGAAAUUCUUCAAUCUUCCUUCUGAAUUUUGCACUUCAAGCUUUUCUCAAAGUACGGCGAUCGAUCAAAUGGAUCAAUACUUUCUGUAGAAAAAACUCAGUGAGAUUUGUUCGUAUGAGACGUUUAAAAGACAUGGAUAUGUCGCCAAAGACGCUCGAUCAUUGCACAGGUUUAUGGAAUAGUACUUUGUUCAUUUUGUUGCGACUUAUGCAAAUCCAACUCUUGUAUAAUGACUAAAAGUUGGUUUGUAGAGGGACAACUUAUACAAAAGAUAUGAAUACAUUAACUUCAAACUAGGGACAAGUUCAUGGACAAAUGACAAUGGACAUCCCUAAUAUAUGGACAUUGAUAUUUCACCAAUAUGUAAAUAUGACUAUUAAAUAUAUAAAAGGAUUGCUGUUGUAUUACUUGUAUAUGUAUAUGUACAAGUGUUGUGCUGUGGUAUCUAUGGACUAGAAUUUCUGAGGGGGUUGAAAAAGCCGUUUCUGAGGGGUUGUGUGCAUCAGCAUCCUUUGAUCUUUGCAUUUUUUCUGAGGGAUAAGGCAAAAAUUUCUUAAUUUCUGGAAGGGGGGGUCGGCACUUUGAUCUUUUUUUUCUUAGGGGUUCAAAUUUUAUUGAACUCGUCCAUAGGGGUGUAUACAUUAAAUAAUGGAAUGGCCCAAUGCACCCAGAUGCACCCUACUUUGUUAGUUUACUCUGUCUUACGCCAGACAAUUUUACUCGUCAGGUGGAGGGUGCAUGGCACCACUCAAUGGGUUAACAUAGUCGAUAAACAUGCCAAAUGAUCCUUGACCGUGGUAGUACAUUUUUGCACUUGCUGGAUGAUAUUGCAACCAAGCAUUGUUUCAGAGGAAGAGCACUGAGAUCAUGCUGUGUAGCAAUUGGAAUCUUGCAUAGAGCCUGCUCUCACAUAAAGCAGGCAAGACCUUCACUCAGAAGCCAGUCCUGACACAUAAACACUUGAAAACCAGACUGUCCCAUCUGCCAUAUGCAGGACAAAAAAACAUGCAGCCUGGACUUUAACUGUUAAACAACCAAAUCAGCAUGACAAACAGUGUGAUGAUUUUUGCUUAGCCCAAACCAAAGCCAGUUUUCUAGAAUUAAUUUGCAGAAUCCUAAGAAUUGGACCUCCAACUUGAAGAGCUAGCUGUGCUAACCAAGUUGCAUGGGCAACCCUGAAUUGACGUGACUAGAGCAAACCUUCAAAAAUAAUAGAGAGAUCAGAUUUGACUUCCACUACUGCUAUUGCUAUCAUUAACUAUUAACCAGAUAAGUUUCAUCUAUCCAAUCAAACAAUCGGAUGCAACUGCCAGAUCAAGUAGUGGUAGUGGAAGUCAAAUUUGAAUCUUUCUAUAUGGAUUUCAGAGAGACCAGUCUUUAUUUGCUGAUAUAUUAUUAUAAUUUGUUUAAUCAAAAGAUACUAUAUAUUAAUUUAUGACAUUAAAAAUUGAUAUAAUUUUAUCUAUAAAGUGAGAAUAAUUUUAAAAAAAUAUUCAUAACAUAAAAUGAUUCAUGCAUGCUGGUGAUUGAAUAAACCAUGAAGUGUGCAUUCUGAAUCUCUACAAAUUCCUUGACAUUAUUUUCCAGUACAGUGUAAAACUAUAUAUAUAAAUGUGACACAGGUUGCAGGUAUUAUACCAGUGUGCUGAAAUACCACCCAGUGACUCGGUCUUGUUCAUUGUUACUUGCAUCUUGCUUAAUUGAACUGUUUUUGCCCCAUUUCUUGUACCCAUAAAGUUAUUUUCAAUAGUCUAGAAAACUUCAAAAUCAUUCAGUAAAUUUAAUUUUAAAAUUGGGUGAAAGGUAAGGGGUCAAUAAUAGAUGAAGAAAUCAUUUCUUAUUGUUCAUACAUAUGGCCCCAUCUCUGUCAGGUAUUAGAGUAGAAAUUUAUUGAAGCCCGAAGUCAGAAAAUAAAUAUGGCAACAAGGUUACACGCCAUACUGCAGAGUUAGGCAAUUUUUUUAAAGAUCUCAAGGGCACAAAAGGUAUAAAUAUAGAUUGUAGGGGCAAGGGAACAAAAUAAUGAAAUUUUGAGAUUCAGAGGCAGGGUUUACAAUGGGGUGCUAAAACUUUUCCCUAAAAAAUCCCUGACCAGCUGGAGUGCUGAAACUGAUGUUUGACUAUUGAAAUAUCCUAGCAGGUUAGGUUCAUCAGAUUUUAGCUUUGUCAACCUGGCCACUCUGUUAUUACAGUAAUGGCUCAUUUAAAUAAUUUCAGGUCAUUACUGUAAAUGUAAAUACAAAGUAUUUGAAGUUAAUACUGCUGUAAAAUGUAGUUUAAUAAUAUUGUAUUAAAGUGUAAACACGUUUCUCAAGUCUGGCCAUGUGUUUCUCAAUAUUCACAAUAUUUAACUACAAUUGUACAAAUUCAACUAUAUUUAAUAACAUACUGUAUAAAAUAUAUUACAGUAAAUAGCCUUCGAAAUAUAUAUUUCAUAGAGCUAGACAGUGUAUAAACAAAUAAUGGGAAUCUGCUAAAUAAUUUGUAACAAUGAAAUACUUCUAAACAUUUUCAAAUUCCUAUAUACUGUACCUUUUCAUACUUGAUGGAAAUCAUCACAAAUAGUAUGUACGAGAUUGGCUCCAUUUUCACUGCUUCGAAAUUCGAAACAUCGCCUCCUCGGCGAUUUACAUGAUGCGAUAUAAAAGAAGAUUGAUGUACAUUCGACGUAAUAUAUAAACGUAACAUAUUAAGAAGAAAGAUUACAACAAAAAAUAAAAGAAUAUAAAUAAUCCGCGGCAAUUCAAGAUCCAUUCGUGAACUUUUCGUCGCCCCCCUGUCUUUAUUUCCACAAAGCCCGCUCGCAGGCUAAUAGUCCAAGAAUCUUGGAGUAUUUGCCUGACACGUGACCAGCGUUUACCAGGGCUAUGUCGCCGCCUUCAAUUCGCGACUAGUCCUGGGUACGAGGUUGAAGAUUGGGUUCCUUUGGAGCCGCAACCUCUUGAAGACGAAUUGAUGAUCAUGAAACGAUUCUACACCUCACUAAAAAGAAAACCAGACUAUAAAAAAAGAAUAACUUGGAUUGAAAAGAUGUCAUCACAAAUGAAUGUUGCUUGUCACGGGAAAGCGGUUGCAGAAUACGUUGGUGUAUUUCCCUUAACCACUACCAUGCACGGAAAUGGUAAAAAAGGUAGCGGAUACGUUAGAACUAGCUAAAGUACAAGAAAAGAAAUCAAUGACAGAGUCACAAAUGCCCCUCCACGUAACGUCUACUGUAAUAUGGUGCUUGAAGAUUCGAUUGACGCCCCACGGAACUUGAAACAAAUACAGAACAUUAAACAAACAAAUGCACGCAAACAAAGAGCCCCUGAUGCGAACAGGAAAAAUAAUGCCGAUGAUGUACAAACGAUUAUGAACAUGAUGAACGAUCAUCCUUUUAUUCAGGAAAUAGUGCAAACGAAGGGUAAACCACCUAUGGUCAUCCUAUACACAGAGGAACAGGUAAAGGAUGUGAAAAACUUUUGUGUAACACGCAAAGACUCAUCUAUGAACUCUAUCCUUGGCGUGGACAGAACAUUUAAUCUUGGAGCUUGCUUCGUUACAUUGACGGUGUUUAAAAACAAUCAUUUGUUGAGACGUUCCACUCAACGACCUCCAAUAAUGCUAGGUCCAUUGUUUUUGCAUUGGGAUGCACAUGCUCAACCUAUCAUCGCUUUUUUAGCCAUUUAA